UAUAAGAAGGCUGCGCCUCUCAGCUGCAAACAUCAAACAGUGUUGCUAGCAGCAAAGUCAGUUGAGUGUAUUUCAACAAAUCUAAACAAAAAGUAAACAAAACAACAUGGGUUGCAAGGCUUGCGGAACAAACUGCCAGUGCUCGGCCACCAAGUGCGGCGACAACUGCGCCUGCAGUCAGCAGUGUCAGUGCUCCUGCAAGAAUGGACCCAAGGACCAGUGCUGCUCCACCAAGAACUGAAUACGAAACCUCCCCUAAAGCUCCUCCGGCAUUGUGAUGAAUAACACUUCAAAAUAAAUACGCAAACAACUCAA